UGCUAUUAGCAAUCAUGGGCCUAACUCGUGUUAUCUAAUCCUAGUCAUAUCUACCUAUAUUGGCACGAUCAGGAAAUUAACCAAUUUAUUGGGCCCAUUUAAUCUCGUUAAAUCCUCAGAUCUCUGAAAUUUCAUCCUCUCUUCUCCCAAGAUUUGACUUUCGAUUUCCUAAAUCAAAUUUCCCUCCAAUUAAAACAGUGUUUAUCCCUCUUUUGACGACGAUUAGGGUUUUUAGUUUUAUUAAAUAUAUCUUUUAGAUCUAUAUUCGCUGCUUGCCGAGUUGUACUUCGCCAGUAAGUUUCCCCUUUCGUUUCUCGUUUUGAAUUAGUCUUAUUUGCAGAUUUUCUUGACAUGGAAUCUACAAAUUUGUCUAUCAAAUUGUGGCCUCCUAGCCAAAGUACCAGGCUAAUGCUUGUGGACAAAAUGACCCGGAAUCUUACGACUCCAUCCAUUUUGUCUAGAAGGUAUGGUGUUUUGAGUAAAAAAGAAGCUGAGGAGGAUGCCAAGCAAAUAGAAGUCCUAGCCUUUGCCACUGCAAGCCAACACUUUGAGAAGGAGCCAGAUGGAGAUGGAAGUUCUGCAGUGCAAUUAUAUGCCAAAGAAUCCAGUAGGCUUAUGCUGGAAGUUAUCAAAAGAGGGCCUACAGCAAAGGAGGAUGGAGAAAUAAACAUAUUAGAUAAAAUUAAGAAAUCUCAUGAUAAUGUAUUCGAUAUAUCUGGAGAUCCUCGGGUUGACAUCAGUGCAGAGGAUGCUCUGAAAUUGUUAAAUCCCCUGAAAGACCCUGGGUAUAAAUACACAAAGAUAUGCUUCAGCAAUUGUAGUUUUGGUCUGGAUGCGGCCCAUACUGCUGCACCGAUAUUGUCAUCCAUAAAGAAUCAAGUGACUGAAGUAGACCUAUCUGAUUUCGUAGCUGGAAAGUCAGAGACUGAUGCACUUGAAGUUAUGAAUAUGUUUUCAUUAGCUCUGGAGGGUUGUGAUCUUAGAUAUCUUAACCUGUCAAACAAUGCUCUGGGCGAGAAGGGUGUCAGGGCAUUUUCCGCCCUUUUAAAGUCUCAGCGUAAUUUGGAGGAGCUGUAUCUCAUUAAUGAUGGAAUUUCAGAGGAGGCUGCGGAAGCAGUCUUGGAGCUAAUUCCUUCAACUGAUAGACUCAAAGUGCUUCAGUUUCACAAUAACAUGACAGGAGACGAAGGGGCAAUUGCUAUAUCUAAACUUGUGAAGAAUUCUCCUUUGCUAGAGGAUUUUCGAUGUUCCUCGACACGGGUGGAUUCCGAGGGAGGGAUAGCCCUGGCUGAAGCCCUUGGGACAUGCACCAAUUUAAAGAAGCUUGAUCUGCGUGACAAUAUGUUUGGUGUUGAAGCCGGACUUGUUUUGAGCAAGGAUUUAUCUAAAUUUUCUGAUCUGUCUGAAAUCUACCUCAGUUAUUUGAAUUUGGAGAAUGAGGGGUCUAUUGCUCUAGCAAAUGCCCUAAAAGAAUCUGCUCCGUCAUUGGAAGUCUUAGAUAUGGCUGGAAAUGAAAUCACUGCUGAAGCUGCUCCUGCCUUGGCUGCCUGUAUAGUUUCUAAACAAUUUCUCUCCAAAUUAAACUUGGCCGAGAAUGAACUAAAGGACGAGGGUGCUAUUUUGAUUGCCAAGGCACUGGAGGAGGGCCAUGGCCAAUUAUAUGAAGUAGAUAUGAGCACUAACUCAAUAAGAAGGGCUGGGGCCAGGUGCUUGGCCCAGGCUGUCGUAAACAAACCUGGAUUUAAGCUGUUAAAUAUUAAUGGCAAUUUCAUAUCUGAUGAAGGGAUUGAUGAGGUGAAGGAUACAUUCAAGAAUUCUCCUAGUCUGCUUGGUCCUUUGGAUGAGAACGAUCCCGAAGGAGAGGAUUAUGACGAAGAGGCUGAGGAAGUUGACAAUAAUGAGGAUGAAUUGGAAUCCAAGCUCAAGGGCCUUGAAAUCAAACAUUAGGAAUCGGUAUAAAAGAUGUUUCUGUAUUCUUGACACUACCUAUGCCGUGUAUUUCGAGAUUCACUCCAAUUGGUUCUAAUAACAUAUUGGUUGGCAGGCUUCUUCGUGUAGCUAGUAUGUUAUGUAAUUUGAACUUCAAUGCAUCCAUUCUGUUUGUUGUAUUUUUUUUCCUGGUGUACUCUGUUUUGUUCACGAUACCUUUGGGUGUUACGUUUUA